UUUACAGUUGGUUUAUUCUUAUAGUUUAUUAUAACUAAUUCAAAUUUAGUGCAGGGCUUACUUGUCAUGGAAAAACUAUCUAGAAAAUGCCACAGGACUAUCCUUAAAAUAUAGAAGAUUUUAUUUAUCAGGAAACUCUCUCUAAAACUAUUAAGUAUGAAGCGCAUGUGUUUUGAACUGUCAUCUCUGCAUUUGCCAGAAAUGCUUAAGCAUAAUAGCUUCAAGUACACAAAGACAGCUCUGCUUUUACAGCUCUUUAAUUGGGUAAAGGUAUUUCACCUAGAAAAAUAACUAUGUACAAUGCCAUAGAACUCACUUAAAUAAAUAUUUCAGGAACAAACUUGCUUGUGCAAUACAAAUCAUAUGUGCCGUGGAGAUGAAAAAAAAAAAAAAGACAGAAAGAAAGAGAGAAAAAAAAUUCACUUAAACGGGCUACCUUUAAAGUAUCUGAUAAAAAAUAGGCCUGUAAAAAAAACAAAAAAAAAAACAGUAAAUCUAUUCUAAAUCACUUAAAACAAAGGCAAUUUGGCAAGCAGGAAGUUUAAAAAAAAAAUUAUUAUUCAGAGCUUUCAAAAUGAUUUUACCAAUAAAAAAUAACUUUAGGUUAUGUCCACGUUUAAUGCUAUAGGUUUUUACAGUCAGAGACAUACACAAGAAUGUUAAGAAUGUUUUGAUUUACCAACUAGCAUUAAAAUAAUUCCAAGUUUAUGAUUCAUAGAUAGAAAUCAGUUAUUGAUUCAGCUUUUUGUUAGCUAAAAAAAUGGUGCAAUUACUUUUGCUUUUUAAGAGUUCCAGAGAGUAAAGAUAUUUAAGAAAGCAUUCUAGUUUAAAGACAGAUUUUAAAAAUGAAAUAAACACUCUUUGAAAACCUGUACAGCAUUAUUGUGUUUGCAAUGGCCAAAAGAGGACAGAUUUCCCAAAUUUACUUAGAAUGAUAGAUUUGUGGAUAUGAAAAUUUAAAUAUUUGUUCUGUUGAAGUAAUGCCAGUUUUACUCAAAAUCAAAAGAUAAUGUCUUUAUGAUCUAUAACCAUAAAGGAUGAGACACUCCAUAUAAACUAUUCCAUCGCUACAAAAUGUAUACACAUGAUAAUAUUCAUUUUGUAAUGAAAAGCACUGACAUAUAAAUCCAGCCCAAUCUUCCCCUUUGAUCCAGAACUGGUAUUUACCCUGCAUAGAAAUUAGUUUCUUUACUAGGGCUUUGUAGCGGAGCGCUAGUCCUAGCAGGGAUUCUCCUCCGCUGGUUAGUUCAACAUACACUCAGCAACAAGUACAACACUCCAAGGGAACAGCCAAAAACCGUAAAGUAAUCCAGGAAUCUCCCACCACCUUCCCAGCAACUGGAUGACACUCAGAUCUCGGGGUUUAACUGAUUUUAAUGGAGCCACACAUGGUCUGUUAUGUGAAUGCAAGGGGUUUCCAAAUACACAUUCCAGGUGCAUUCCCCGCUGGAUCAGAGAGUAGACUGGGACAAAGUACACACCAUAAUUACAUUAACUCUCAGGUCCAGGACAUGUAUAAUAUUAAUCACCCCAAAACAUAAAUUUCUCCACAAGGUACCCCCUUAAGUCAUAAAUCCCUGGAUAGCCUGGGUCUAAGCGCCCACGAUAUCCGAAAAGCGCUCAGAUUCCACAAAUGCAGCCAAAACGCCACCGGGUAUAGUUUAGACCGACUGCACAGAAGGUGCCUGCCUAAAAAGGUUCCAUGAAAUUAGGCUGUGCAGUCGGUCUCUUUCGGGAGUUUUAAAUAUACGAAACACCAGGCAUGAACUUGUUCAUGCAGACAUUAUUCUGUGUAUCUUGUUCGGGAGUUUGCUCCUCCCGAACGCCACUCUGUUCGUCUGAAUCCCCACAAACGAAUGGAGGAUGGAAGUCCCAGAGGUGUUUGCGCCACCGAGUGUCCGCUUUUCGUUCCAUGCACUCGACGACCAAACACUGCUGUCUCUGUUCGCUACUAAAGAUGGCCGCUGACACGUGUUCGCACAUAUACGAAUGGUGACCGCCCAGCCUACUGCUUGGAAUGUUCCAGUUAUUGCGGUUGGUGGAGGUGUGAACAGAGGUUACUGUGGUUAACGAGUGGCACACUCCACAUAUGGGUAGUCUGGUCGUUCGGUAAUUUGUUCGGUUGUCAAACAAGACGUUGUUAAUAGGCAAGGUGGCUAUUAUUUUACUGAACGGCCAGACGAACAGGGGAAAGAACAAGAUGAUCCAGGGACUAGGAGCACAAAACAUAGGAAAUAACAAGGGGGACAAGCUACGGACAGCCCAUAGCAGGAAUAAGGGUGACAGUCCAAGGUUCAUUCCGCUACAGACUUCAUUCUUUCUGUUUACAUAUCUGCAAAUUGAUUGUUAAGUAGUCUACAUCCCAGAGAUAUUUCUAGAGUUUUGGUACACACAAAUUAUUUGUCACACACGCCAAGUUUUCACAUUGAAAUGGAUUCUAAAAGUAUCAUUAACCAUUAUAACACCAUUAUAUUUACAACUUGCGUGUCCUUUUGCAUAGUACCUUGCAUUCACAGUUCUCCAUUUAUAUCCCCCAUUUGUAUAAUUACCAAUGUUCUUUUUUCCUUAAAUUGUAGAGAGCACUUUAUAAGAACUGUUAAAAUAAAUACAUUUUAGUUGAUAAUGUACAAGAACGCCAUGUGUGCAGAUGAAAAAAAUCUGAAAACCUGGGGCUGGCUAGGACAUAACAAAGAAACAUUUUACUUCCUUACUAUGCAUCCAAAAUAUUUGCACAUGGUAUGGCAGAAUUCAGUUGCUGAAGCCAUUAUGGCACUGCUGUUUCAAGCUACAGUUACAGUUCUCGCCUUGUCACUGCUGCCAUUAAUGUUUCCUUCUCCCCUUACUGAUUUGCUGAUUGAUAUGUGGGAGGGGGAAACACCAUGUUUCCCCUCCAACCCCUCACCUGACAUAUAAGUAAAGAGAGAUAUGUAGAGAGAGAAAUCGUGACUUGAGCAUAGAAGUGUGGUAUUUUCAGUUAUGUAGUAUACACUCACAGACAUAUACAUAAAAACAUCACUAAAUAGAAACACACAAAAUUAGCUACAUAUACAUUGACUACGUUGUAUCUUAAUAACCGUGUCUUUUUUUUCAAUUUACAGUGUCAGUAUUGAGGAGGAGGAAGGGAUCCUUGCGUUUAGCAGGUAAGUGAAGGUGAGGGAUGCUGUACUGUAACAAACUGCUGUUCCCAGGACUUGCAUAUUGGCACCUACAGUAUGUAGUGCUUUUACGCCACCUAACAAUAAUACUAACUACUCACACAAUCUUGCCAAACUCCUAUGCUGCUUUCCACACUUUUUUUUUACAUUACACAGAAUUAAGAGUGAUUUAUUAAAACAAAAAAAAGCAAAAAAAGGUACCUUCUCACUAUCCCAAAUUCCUAUGUACAUUUAAAUAAAUAAACCCUUAAUAUGGCACACAUGGGGUGAGCUGAAGCACUGUGACAUGGCUCUGUAAUACAAAAGCAAAUACAAACAUACAAAAUUAAGCCCUGCACUCAACCUCUUACUACUAGUGGGUGGCAGCAAUGACUAAAUGUAUAGAACAAAAAAAAAAAAGGUGUCUAAGCAAUAUCCCACCCCAUGUUUGUCCUAUUAUGGUAUAUUUAGUGUGUAGGGUUUUAUAGAAAAUCCCCUCUCUGUCUCAUUAGGGAUUUUGCCUUUAGCUCAAAGAAACAAAGUGAAUUGUUAAUGUAGGACUCACCUAAGAGGUUUGCCUUGAUGUGGCAGGUGAGCGUAUACUUUAAUGGCCAUUGGAUUGAUACUAAAAACCUCCAGUUAUUUAAUUGUGCAUUGAGAUUUGGGCUUUUUGGGAUAGUGCGCAGGUAACUUUUUUAUUUUUGUUUUAUGUAUUGGAGCUAAUGUGCUUUAUACUCAUUGCUGCCGACCAGCAGAAGUGGGAGUUUGACCACAAGGCUUAAUUUGGUAUGUUGGCAAUUAUUUCAUUCUUACAAAAAGCAAACUCUAUAAAACCAUGUUAAAAAAAUGAUUUUAUAUUUUCCCAUUCUAUUAUAUGAACAGUAGGAAUGUGCACAUGUAUUGUAAGUUUUUUGUGUUUUGUUUUUAGUAGUCAUUGCAUUAGUUCAAAUGUACAAAACAACGUGGGAAAGUUCAAUGAUAGAGUAGAAAACCUCUGUUCCCUAAUCCCUUGAACAUCCUAAAAUAAUUAUAUUUGUACGGCAAUAUCUCCCAUUCUUAUGUAUUUCCUUACAUUCCCAUGCUCUAGAGUAAAUUCCGUUGGGUGUGAUAUUCUAGUUAAGGUUUUCAUUUUCAGCUUUUGUGUCAGUUUUUUUUAAUUAUUUGGGAAGUUCCACGCUUAGGAAAACAACUUAACUGUGGACGCAUCAGCUGUCAUCAGCUGUAGCAAAUGUCUGCAGAGAGGUAUUUCUACUUCAAUUACAAGGGGAAGCAAAACAAGUAGGAUAAAACUAAUCACUUUAAAAAAGUUGACUUUGAGAUGUCAAAUGAAAUUAUGGCAACACUAUAAUGACUCUGCAUUCAUAAUACUAGAGUAUCCUUUUAGAACUCUUUCCAAUGGCUAACUUUCCUAUAAUGCAAGGCACAGAAUUAAACCCUGAUUGUAGUAAAAUGUCCAUACAGUAUGUUGCUCCAGCUGUGUAUCCCACAACCAUUGUGGACACUGGAGAUGCUGUGGACUUUAACUCCCAUCACAUCAGAGGAGAUAUGAUAGCAUUAUACAAAUAUAUUUAGGGCCAAUACAAACUCUAUUGUCUGGAAAUCUAUUUAUAAACAGGACUCUACAUAAGACACACAUUUAGACUGGAAGAAAGGAGAUUUAGUCUAAGGCAAAGGAAAGGGUUUUCUUUUUUUACAAUAAAACCAAUAAGGAUGUAGAAUUUUCUGUCUGAAAAGGUGGUUUUAUCAGAGUCUGUACAGAUGGUUAAACAGCAAUUGGAUAAAAACUUGCAAAACAUAAAAUACAGAGAUAUAAGGUUUAACUAGUGGGGUAAUAGCUUCUUGAUCCAAGGAGAUAUCUGACUGCCAUUCUGGGGUCAAGAAGGAUUUUUUUUCCUAGUUUGUUGAAAAAUUUGAAUCGCUUCAGACUGGAUUUUUUACCUUAUUUUGGAUCAACAGCAAAAACAAAUUUGAGAAAGACUGAAUUAGAUGGACGUAUGUCUCUUUACAGUUAUUUAACUAUGUAACUAUGUCAAAUUCAGACAUAUGUUGCCUAUUAAAGAGUGAUGUGAGUUAUGGCCCACACUGCAGGUGCCCUUAAACCUAUGCCCACUAUUACUUAUCACAAAUAUUGCCCAACACUAAAAAAAAAAAUACUAAUUCUAGAAUUAUUCACUAAUAUACACUGCACUCCUUUAAAUGCUUCUCCUACAGCUUUAAUGAAAUGAUGCUCAACAUUUUAAAAGUCAUGGUUUGAUUUAAGAUGUUUUGAAUCAAAUGUUGGACAAUAUUCUUACAUUAAAUGGAAGAAUAUCACAGAAUUUUUCAGCAGGUGGAGGCUAAUCAUAAAUUCUCUUUCCAGUAAUCUGGAAAGAGAAUAUAUUCAGAUCUUCAUCAGAGGCAUAACUAGAAACCCCAGGGCCCUGGUGCUAAAAUUUCCCUGCCCCCCCCCCAGCCCUCUCGAUGUGUCUCAUUCCCCCAUAUGUCUGAUUCCCUCCCCACAGGCCCUCCAUGUGUCUCAUCAUCUCACCCCACAGAGUUUUAUUUCCUCCCCCAACCCCCUCUACUUGUCUCAUUUCCCCCAAGCCCUUUAAUGUGUCUCAUCCCCCCAAAGCCAAUCUAUGUGUCCUACUCACCCCAGGCACCUCCAUGUGUUUUUCUCCCCCUCCACUCUUACCCCUCCAUAUGUCUAAUUUCCUCCCAUGUGUCUAAUUUCACCCAUAAGCAACUCCAAGUGUCUUUCUCCUCCCUCCACUCUUACCCCUUCUCUCUCUCCCCUAGCAGCCCCUCCAUUUCUCUCAAUCCUCCCAUCCCCUGCAGUUUCUCAACUUCUCUCUCCCCUGCUCUUUCCCUGCAGCCCCUCCAUUUCACCCCCUUGCAGCAACUCCAUUUCUCUCAAUCCUCCCCUCCACUGCAGUUUCUCAAUUUCUUUCUCCCCAGCCCUUUCCCUGCAGCCCUUCAUUUUACCCCCUUGCAACCCCUCCAUUUUUCUCUUUCCCUUCCCCUGCACACCCUCCAUUUCUCACCCCCUUUCCCCUGUAGACCCUCCAUUUACCUCACCCUUCCCCCUACAGACCCUCCAUUUCUCCCGCUUUCCCUGCAGGCUCUCCAUUCCCCCUCCCUUCCCCUGCAGAUUCUUCAUUGCCCCCUUCCCCUUCAGACCCUCCAUUUCUCCCCCCUUCCCCUGCAGACUCUCCAUUCCUCCUUCCUUCCCCUGCAGACUCUCCAUUCCAACCUUCCUUCCCCUGCAUACUCUCCAUCCCACCCUCCUUCCCCUGCAUACUCUCCAACCCACCCUCCUUCCCCUGCAGACUCUCCAUCCCACCCUCCUUCCCCUGCAGACUCUCCAUCCCCACCCUUCCUCUGCAGACUCUUCACCCCCCCCUUACCUGUUUGCUGCGAUCGCGGUACCCAUCUGAGUCUCUCAAAAUGUGCGACUGUGGAAUUUAAACCACUGAUACUAAACGCUAUAAUUAAAACAUGGGAUUUAUAAAUAAUGACAUGUCUCCCAGUAUACUCUAUCCCAGAUACUCUUAAAGCAGUAAACUCGCAUGAACUCAUUACCUAUAGACUGACAUUUCAGCCCAAAAUGAUUCAAAUUGGAGCUGCUCCCUGUAUUUAAGAAAGAAAGAAAGAACGUCCAGAUAAGCAUGUGCUUAUUGUAUUCCAACAACCAAAACACAUUCUACGGAUACUAACAUUUAUUUGAAACAUGGGAUGCCUAAGUAGAUGAAAAUAUAUCUAAAAUGGUAGAGUGCUCAGUAUAUUUAUCUUCACCGAAUUAGCUACAAGCUCAAACAUGUGUACCGAAUACACAGUGUGGUAAGAGAGAUGGUAUAUUCAGUCACUCAGCUAGCCUACUUAGUCUAUGAGCAGCUUUGAAUUGUGACUUCAGCUGAUAAUGCUGAAAUUGAACUUCCUCACUGACAGAUUCCAAGGUUCGAACUAUACCUCAGGUGUCUCAGUGACUCUGAAAACAGUUAUAGAAGAAUCAGAAGGUUUUGUAAUUUGGACUAUACUAUAAGCCCGCUGGCAGGACUACCAGCCAGCAUGCAAAUAGUUCAACACAAAACUUUGACAGCACGAGGGUUAAUCAUGUGGUGGCAGCUCAGCGCUUGCUUUCUAAUAAAUUUUUGUUGAGGUGCAAUUUCAUUUAUUUUUUUUAUCAGGUGCGAUGAGGUCCUUUUUUAUUUUAAAAAUAGCAUUGGGAUGCAAUACCUUUUUUUUAAUAAUCUUUUUUGGGGCUUAGAAUAAAGAAAACGUCUGAAAAGAAGUAUAAUUUUUUUUAAUUUGCAGGUAUUUUAUUUAUUGCCCCCUGUUAUUAUGGUGAGAUGGGUAGGUAGGAUAAUUUCUUAUUGGGGGAGUGGCUGGAGGCUUGUCGACCCAUAACCUUUCGGUGGUUGGAGGUUAUUGUCCCUGGUUUAGGGUAGGGUUGACCCACCACUCACUAUCCUCCCACAUUUAUUAUAUUAAUAGUCACCACCCACCAGACAUGCGUGGGGCAGACACUGGGAUGUUUGCCACUGUGCCAUUUCCUCCAGUUUUUUCAUUUGUGACUAGGAAGCAAUAGCUGCCCAUUCUCUAAUAUUUAAUUAGUACCUGCGGUAUGGUGGGUGGAGGCAUAAGAGACUUAUUUUACCUCCCUUAUGCUGAUAUGUGGUGUUAUAUUGAUCCUAUAGCCAUUUUUUUAAAGAUUUCUUUCAUUUUUUAUUUCUAAUUCAUCUAAAUGAUUUCUAUGUGUGAGCCAAUUUGGACAAAUCAAAACAGCACAUACAUGAAAGUCGGUCACCCAAAUCGGUUUUAUUUCUGGGCAAAUACCAAACCAAAUAUUUUGCCAUGGAUAUGUCUACACAAAGGAACAUGAUAAUUUAGGUUAAAAAAAAAAAAGACUUAAGAACAACAUUAAAGGACCACUAUAGGCACCUCAGCUCAAUGAAGUGGUCUGGGUGCUAGAUCCAUCUAGUGUUAACCUUGCAGCUGUAAACAUAGCUAUGCUUUACACUAGGGUUGAUCCAGCCUCUAGUGGCUGUCUCACUGACAGCCGCUAUAGACGCUUCUGCAAUUCUCACUGUGAAACUCACAGUGAGAAGACACUGGACGUCCAUAGGAAAGCAUUCAGAAAUGCUUUCCUAUGGACUUUCUGAAUGUGCGUGCGGCUCUUGCAUUCAGCGCUGACGUUGUCGGGAGGAGGAGGAGACUUCCCCAGCGAUGAGGGUGCCCGACACUGGAGAAAGGUUAGUGUUUAACCCCUUCGGCCCCCUUCAGCCCAGCGGAAGUGGGAACCUGAGGGUGGGGGGAACCUAAAGACCCUAUAUAAAUUAAACAUAAUUGAUCCCCAUUAGUUAGAGGGAUGUAUACAUCAUCUUUUGAAGUAAGUACAUUCUGUAUUAUCUGUCUUGAAGGAACUAUUCACAGUAUUUACACAAGUUGCCAGAAAUUCUCACAUUCUCUUCAGUGAAAUAAGAAUCAAUAAAUACUUCUGAUGGCACAUGGUAAAUCAGAACAUAGGACUUUAAUUUAAAGCAGGAAGACCUGGCAUGUCUCUGAGAUGGUGCCAGAAUAACAAGCCAUGUCAGUGUUUCUUCUCAGUUUUAUAGCCCCAUUUUAUUGCUUGGUGUUUUGGGAUUUUUAUCAGAAAAAUGGAGACAGUGAAACCAAAGGAAAGACACUAUCCCCUCUGAAAGUUCUAGUUGAAGAGAUACUGUCUUAUCAGGUUAUCAAGAUAAGACUACUAUUUUUUUUUACUAAAGCAUCAUUGACCUGGUACUCUGAAUUCAAGUUCUGGUAUGCAUCUGGAAUUCCUAAAGAAAGCCAUAAACUAACAUGUCUUCUAUAAAUCUCUAUAGUCAACACUAAAGUGAAUGACCAACUGAUUCUUUAGAGCAAUAUGUAUGUGUAACAAAAAUAGUAUCAAAACAAAAUGCAGAAAAAUGAGUAUAUAAAAAUUGCUGGUGUACUCUUGCACAUGCACUUGAGUACAAAAUAGAGGUGCAUAUUUUUAACACUCGCUUUUGGGCAUGUGUGAUAUUGUGUGAUAUGCAAUAAGAUGCUUUCUCCUCGUCAGCCUUUUACAUGAUAACUAAUGGGUGAUGACAAUGUCUACAAACAAAAGCUCCUUGGAGCUUGUCUUUUUAACACAUUUUCCCAUUUUGAUGAGUAUAUGAGACAAAUGGUAACUACUUUGUCUUCAUGUAAUACUCGUAUAGUGCCACUUUAACUAGAUGACAGUGGAUCAGCUCUCUGAAGUUGGGCACUGUCCUCUUUUUGCUUUCUUUUCUUCUUUCUUUAGUUUUUGUAUAUGGAGAACAACACUCUUCUUACUGUGUAAAUGCCAUGUACUUCAUAAAGGAGAAUGAUUUGUAGUGUUCCCUCUACACCUAUGCAUUUGCUGAUAAAGUUAUUCUUCCUCCACAGAAGACUUUGGUUUAAGGAUAUUGCCUACUGCCAACUAGUACAGAGUAUGUUCGCCUUUUUAAUUCAGAAUGACAGAAUGAUAACAUUAAUGUUCCUGUAAGGGCUAUUUUAUUCCAUAAAUACUUCCAUUAUAUAUGAUGAGUUAGAAAGGUUACCUGUUAUAUGCAAAGCAGGGGCAUACCGGAUUUUUAAAAUGUUGCCACAAAUUUGUAAAUGUAACACCCCCGUCUGCCCCCUUCUACAAAACCCCUGUAUCCCCCUUCCACAAAUCCCCUGCUCAGCCCCUCUUAUACAAGACUCCUGCCACCUUCUCCAAAUUUCCUGCAACCCCCUCCUCCCCACACACACACACACACAGUUACAGGCAGACAGUCACACACACAGUUACAGGCAUACAAUCACACACAGUUACAGACAGACAGUCACACACACACAAAGUUACAGGCAGCAACACACAAUCACAGGCAAACGGUCACACACACAUUUUCACAUGCAGAUAGUCACACAUACAGACACAGGCAGUCAUAUACAGACAGUUACCGGUAGUCACACACAGUUACAGGCAGACAGUCACAGGCAGACAGUCAGAUAUACAGACACACACACAGUCACAGGCAGACCGUCACACUCACACAUAGUCACAUGCAGACAAUCACAUAAACAGUCACAGGCAGACAGUAACACACACAGUUGGAGGCAGACUGUCACACAGACAGUUGGAGGCAGACUGUCACACAGACAGUUGGAGGCAGACUGUCACACAGACAGUUGGAGGCAGACUGUCACACAGACAGUUGGAGGCAGACUGUCACACAGACAGUUGGAGGCAGACUGUCACACAGACAGUUGGAGGCAGACGGUCACACAGACAGUUGGAGGCAGACGGUCACACAGACAGUUGGAGGCAGACGGUCACACAGACAGUUGGAGGCAGACGGUCACACAGACAGUUGGAGGCAGACUGUCACACAGACAGUUGGAGGCAGACUGUCACACACACAGUUGGAGGCAGACAGUCACACACAGUUACAGACAGACAGACACAUACACACACACAAACACAUGCUAUUACAGGCAGACAAUCACAUACACACACAGUUACAGGCAGUGUCACAUACACACAUACACACACAGAGUUCAAGGACGACAGUCAAACAUACAGACAGUUACAGACAGAUAGUCACACAUACACACACACACACACAGUUAGAGGCAGACAGUCACACACAUCCACUUACAGGCAGACAGUCUCACACACAGUUACAGGCAGACGGUCAGGCACACACACACACAGUUACAGGCAGACAGUCUCACACCCAGUUACAGGCAGACGGUCAGACACACACAGUUACAGGCCAUCUCACACACACACACACACAUACAUACACACACAGAUUUCAAGGACGACAGUCAGACACACACGCAGUUACAGGCAGACAGUCACACACAGACACAUGCAGACAGUCACACACACACAGUUACUGGGAGACAAUCUCACACACACUCACAUGCAGACAGUCUCACACACACACACGGUCUCUCUCUCUCUCUCUCAUUUACUUACUUACUUACAGACAGUAUGGGCUGGAUAAGAAGUGGAUUCUCUGAAGUCCCUCCCUGAAGUCUGUUAGUUGGAGAAGCUAGGGACUCCUUGCUUCCCCUCCAUGUGCAGCAGUGGCUGGGGGUAAGCUCCGCCCCCGCUGCAGGUUUGGCUCAACCCCGUCACCGAAUUGGUUCUGCCCCCACAUUCCUUCCAUGCGGCCGGUUUUGAAGUGGCUGCAUUCCUGGUGUCUGCUUGUGUGAGCUGUGUUGGCCGCCCGGUGCUCCAGCUGCCAUGGCAACCUGUGUGCGGCCACAUAGCUCAUGGCUGACCCUGGUCAUGACACCUUCUACCUUGCAGUGCCCCCCCCUUUUAGUACGACACUGAUGCAAAGUAAUGAUUUCAAUUAUGUUAGAUGUUUACAGAAGUAAUAUUAUAAUGUGUUUGUUGUUUUGUUUAUAUCAAACCUUAUAAAUAUUAAAGGAACACUACGGACCCGGCAACUACUACAGCACACCAUCACUAAUUCUGAUGGAGAUUCGGAUGCUCCUAAACAGGAGUUUCCUUAGCUGUACCCUGAUGCAUCAUUUCUCUACUGUACUGUGAGCUUAGUCCAGACAGAGAGCUUCUGGCUAGUAGUAGAAGCAGGUAGCAGAGCAACUGAACAGCUGUUACAAGAUAUGUAAUGAAAAACUAUAAUUUAUAUCAUUUACACUUAAAUGUGAAGUGCUGUACUAUAUUAGUAUGAUGAUAAACGAUACAAAUAACUAAUGUGAUCAUUAUUAUUACAAUUAUAAAAAAAAAUACAUGCAGACGAUACAUAAUAUUGCAUAAAAUUGGAAAGUGAGAUGUCUGGUGGAAAGUCAAACUCUAAUUUAAAGGGACAGUCUAAGUUCCAAAAUCACUGCCUUUUAAUGAGGUAAAUUUGAGGGCAUAGAUGCUGCCCAGUUUAUAUUUAGCAAUGCCCAUGCCUGUUAGUGGCGAUCAGACAGACAAUCACAAAGUGCUUCAAACUAAAAUAGAUUAUAUAAUUGUACUUAUUUGAUGUCCGGUGUUAGCAUGCAAAAUAUUUCUGAUAUUGGACACUGGAUGUCCCAUGUCAGUGGGGUUUGGCCAAGAGCAGAGCUGUUCUGAAGGUACAGCAGCAAGAGGAUGGCACAGCAUGAGGUAAAUAAAAAGCACCUCCCAUGCACCCCGUGGCCAACACAGGCACAGUGAAUCUGUCAGUUUCAGGGGUCUUUACAAAACAUACAAAGAUUUUUGUAUAAACAAAUAUAUAAAAAAAAUCUGCUUUAAAGACACAUUGCUAUGCCUUUAGAGAUCUGGUAUAAAUUCAGGAAUGCAAAGAAUGCUGAGGUUCUACAGAAGAGGGGCAUUAGGAUAGAAAAGAGGGAAGUGGGAUUUGGGUCCAAAAUAGGAACCGUCCCUCCUAAAUAGGUUGUGCAUGAUACUUCACUUGAUAGUGAAGUAAACAAAAACCCUUGAUUAUUUAAAUAUGGUAAUACAGAAGUGCACAUGUGAUUUCAGCUCUUAAUAAUUCUGUUACUCUAGGAAAGCACUUUGACAAAAUGACAUCACUGAAGUUUUUAACCACAUAACCCUAAUUAUUACUAAUUACUAUUUUGAAUACAAGUCAUAUGGUAAUUAUUGUUUUUAAUAUUUAAAAAUGUAGCGGUUGAUGAAAUUCUGGAUAGCUUUCCAAAAAAACAUGUUUUAGCCAAGCAAAGAGAUAUAAACAACUUUUAAAAACACUUUCCAUGUUAAAGGGGAAC